AUGUCUUCAUCACUCUAUCACCCGCGGCCGGUGCUGUCGUCGCAGCGAUAUACACCUUCACCGGACUACCUUCAAGAUGCUCGAAGAACCUACCACAACAACAGCCGCCUGCCUCUGCGGGAAGCCAACGGCAACGCGCAAUCACACAACUUCAACGGCAUGGUCUCAUGCUAUCAGAGCCCUGUGGGCAUCUCGCCCUCAGUGCCCCAAAGCCUCCCAGCUCCCAUGGUUCCCUCACAGUCAUUCGACUGCCUGUACCGCGUCCCUACACCACGAAACCAGCCUCGAGGCUUCCAGAGGAGGCCUCGAAGCGGCGUGAACCCCCUCUACUUCUGGCCUGCCUUCCGACAAUACCGCAACCGGCAAGCACACAAGGAUACCCAAAAAGAUAAGGGUGGUGUGUGGAGGAGGCCAGAGCUCGAGGAUGCUUUUGUUGACUCUGUCCUGCUUAUGCCUCACAUGGGCCGUCGCAAGUUUUCCAUGGGAGGAAAGCUCCACGGACGUAACAUGCUGAUCAGCGAAUACAUUUUUGUCAUCUGCGUUGCUAUCCUUGGCAGCAAGGAAAUCUUUCGAAUCGACAACAGCAAUGACAGUAUUGAGCAGAUGGGACGCAAGCAGGUGUCGAGCCACAUGCAAGUGGUCAAGAAGUUCUUUGAAGAUCUGCGAUGCUUCCACUUCCUAUUCCCUGCUGAGGAGAAGAAGGAGCCUGGUUCGACCAACUCUGAUGACUACUACGACGAGGAAGAGCAGGAGUCGUUCAAGUCCAACCCAGUUCUGACUGCUCUGGCAGAGGGCCGAGUUCCUGAUGUCAAGCCCAACUACGAGUACUUCUCCCAGCUCCUGGCUCUUCAGUCUCUGAUCACAGUCCGACCCAAGACGGCAGAGGUCUAUGUCUCGUCGUCCGAGGUCAAGAUCAGAGAUGAUAUUGCCUAUGAUUCUCAUGACACGCCUCUGGACCAGGAGUCUUUCCCCCACCUGAACAAGUACAGCAAUUGUGAUGACAGCCCUACUGUUCUUGGAAAGGAUGUGCUGCUUCACGAGUAUACUCGCUCGCUGGACCGGUCUACCUCUGCCUGUGUCAAGACGGUUACCCGGCGAUGGCAGAAGGAUGCGCCCGAGAUCUAUGAGACUCUGGAUCUUCCCACCCGGGAUGAGGAGUGUCUGCUCCUCGAGAUGUGCGCAACUCUGGAGCUGCACGACCACGCCCGAUUCCCCUCUGGGUCUGAGCUCACGGGCUUUGUUGAGGUGGCAAUCACGCAGCCCAACCUCCAGAACCACCGGUGGAAGUGUGUGACGCGCCUCACCCGGCCGGCUGAGCUGCAUGGCGACGACAAGAAGCAGGGUGUGUACACCAACGAGACGGGAAUCCACCGACGGGGAUGCGGAGACUCCAAGCCCGACUGUGACUGCCACAGCCGACCCCGACAGGACAUCCACGUCCCGUUCCCCGCGGUAGAAUGGGCGAGCAUCCUGAGCCAGGCGGUGCAGUACCCGGACGUGGAGCACCAGCACAAGAAGGAGAAGCGGUCAAAGGGAGACGGCGACCGCAAGAAGCACGACCUUGACCGGGCCGGCAGCAAGCGAAAGCGAUCCGAGGAUGACGGUGAUGCCGCCUCUUGGGCCCGGCGUGAGCUCACAGGCAGUGACCUCAUCUGCAAGGUGGCCAUGUAUCAAGAGCUCUGGUCAUGUGCGCCCGACUCGACGCGGUGGGUUCGACAGGCCAUCAUCUUCUGGCGGUUCAACACGACCAACCAAUGGUACAAGUACAACCCAGUGUUCAAGCCGGCUGGCACGUCAUGGCGGUGGUUGACGGUCAACGACCCCAUGUCCCGCUAUCACCAGCAAAAGGCUCUCGUCUACCCGUCGGCAACAGUCUCGAGGGACUCCAUCAUGUCGCCCACGCCUUCCAUCAACCAGCACAUGACGGCGGCCAUGAAUGAGACGUUCAGCUCUGCGUGGGACACCAACGUGAGCCUGGCGCAGGUGCCAACGGUGCCGGCAGCAAACAAUGGAAUGACGCUGUUCGAGUCCUUCUCCAACGGGCUCGCUACGCCUCCACCAACAGCCGGCCUACAAGGGUCGUACCCGACCAGCUUUGACCACGGCAUGCCCCCGAGCACAGGCGUCGGCUUUUUGCCUUCGACGUGCAGCACGGCGGGCGAGAGCCAGUCUGUUGGGGGACACGCACAGAGCCAAAGCUACUACGAUGUGCAGACAACGCUGGCAGAUCUCAAACCCGCCAUGUCGGCAGUGAAUCCCUUCCAGGGCCCAACUGCCACGACUGCACUGGACCUGUCAAACCCUCUUGUCUAUGACAACUCAGAGUGCGACGGUCUUCAGGGCUGGGACAUGCCGACGCUGGACGGGUGGUCAACUGGCACAGGGGCGGGAUCUGACUGGGGCUCACAAGGUGCCAAGGUGGAACCAAGCAGCGACCAAGCUUCGUUGUGGGCACAGUCACAGUGGACACAGAUGGGAGCAGAUCGUGACGGUAGCCCACGGCCGAUGAAGCGGCGCAGGGGGGACACGAUUGAGGGCCAUGUGCCGGUCACGAUGGCAGCUGGAGCAUGGUGA